AUGAACUUUGGAAACCUUGUAGAAUGGGACUCAUAUGGAUCUUUUUAUAUUUCAUAUCACUUAACCAUUGUUAAUAUUCUUGCUAGGUACCAACCGAUAGCGAAGGACCGGGAUGGGAAGCGCGUCCGAAUCCUCGACGCGCAUUGGUUAAACUUUGGUUGGGGAGAGGAGAAAGAUCCUAUCACUGGGCAAACCCAAAUGGUCCACCAUCCAGACGAAGUUUGGGUAAGGUAUGGGUUUUCCACCGAUGAACCCUGGAAAAAGGUAAACAUCCGGCGCCGCAGACACCAAACAGAUGCCAACCAAACAUCCGGCCGCCUCUAUCCUGCUCGUUUGAAGGUGGUCCCAGCCAAACUGGAAGACCUGCAACAAAUAGCUGCCUUCGUCCCUGAGCCCCAGCGCCAGUUU